AUGUCUGGAAGUAUUAUACGAGAAAAACCAGCACAUUUAACUCCAACUCGUCCAAAUAGUGUCACAAAUGUAAUUAAAUCCGACAAAAAUCUUAUAUCAGUCGAUAAACACAAAGAUAUUCAACAGUUAAAAGAAAAAGUGACGGGAAUACUAAACAUUAUUUCGCGUGAUCAUAUGAAAGUUGUCUUUUUUGGAAGAACAAGCAAUGGAAAAAGCACGGUGAUGAAUGCAAUGUUACGUGAAAGAAUAUUACCUGCAGGCAUGGGACACACAACAAAUUGUUUCUUGCAAAUUGAAGGAACUGACAAAGUAGAUGCUCAUGUUUUGGUACCUCGCUCGGAUGAGCCAAAAAGUAUCGUUAGUCUUAAAGAUCUUGGGAAUGCAUUAUCACAUGAAAAACUCGAUUCAGAUUCCUUAGUGAAAAUAUUAUAUCCAAAGGAAAAAUGUCGACUAUUAAGAGACGAUGUUAUCCUUGUUGAUAGUCCGGGCAUUGAUGUUAGUGUAAAUCUUGAUCAUUGGAUUGAAGAUCAUUGUUUGGAUGCUGAUGUAUUUGUGCUUGUUGUAUCAGCUGAAGCAACUAUUACAGUGGCAGAAAAAAAGUUUUUACAUAAUGUUGCACAGCAUUUAUCAAAUCCAAAUAUAUUUAUACUGAUGAAUCGAUGGGAUGCAAUCAUGAAUGAACAAGAAAAUGUUGAUAGCGUUCGUCAACAACAUCUCGAACGUGGAAUGGAAUUUUUAUGUGAUGAGUUGCAAUUAUACGAUAGAAAAGUAGUGGCUGAUCAUCGAGUGUUUUUUGUCUCAGCUCGUGAAGCAGUGCUUUAUCGAGCUCCAGAUCCUGGUAAUUCACCUAAAACUGGUUUUGCAGAAGGAUACAAAGAGCGUUUAACAGAAUUUGCUAAAUUUGAAGAAGAAUUUGAAAAAUGUAUUUCAAAAUCAGCAGUAAAAACAAAAUUUGAACAACAUACAAAUCGUGGAAAAGAAAUUAUCAAUCUAUUGAGAGAUACAAUGGGGAAUAUUGCUAAUAAAUCACAAUCAUUAAAACAAGAAUGCGUCCAAAAACGUACAGAACAAAGUGAAAAACAUGAUUUUAUCGAAAAAGAAUUAAAAUCGAUAAUGGAAACAACAAAGGAUAGAAUAAGACAUGUAUCAGAAGAUGUUUAUAAAAGAGUGGCACAAACAUUAAAUGAUGAAAUUAAACGUCUCUACACACUGAUUGAAGAAUUUGAUCGUCCAUUUUCAAGUGAUCCCGAACAAAUUCCAUUGUAUAAACGUGAUCUACAUAAAUGGGUUGAAGAACGUCUUGGCUCUAAUUUACAAGCACGUCUUCAUUCAGCCUUGCACUCUUCAUUGGAUAGUGUACAUAAAGAAAUAAAAGAGCGUGUUAAAUUUGUUGUUAAUAAUGAACGAAAAUCCAUGCUUGAUACCAUUACUCCACGUUCCGAUUUUGCCGUGUCUUAUCGUUUAGAUUGUCUAAAUUUAUGUUCCGAUUUUAAAGAAGAUAUUAAAUUUAAAUUUUCACUUGGUCUUUCCUCAUUAUGGCAACGUUUUGUCCAAAAUCAACAUCAACAAAGUACAUUAACAAUGACUGAAGGUAAUAAUAGUACUCUUUCACAAAACACUAGUGAUUCAUUAAUAUCAACAUCAACAUUAUUGAAUUCCACAAAUGAUAUAUUAACAACAGCGAAUACCAUUACAUCAUUAACAUCAAAGUCUAGUCUACUCUUGAUAGGUGGUUGUGCAUUGAUAUGGCGAGGUGUUGGCUGGAAAGUAUUGGGUGUUGUUGGAGGUUUAUAUGGUUCGUUGUAUCUAUAUGAACGUUUAAUGUGGACAAAGAAAGCUCAAGAAAGAAAAUUUAAACGUCAAUAUGCUGAUUAUGCUAGUUCAAGAAUGAAAUUAAUUGUUGAUAUGACAAGUGGUAAUGCUAGUGCUCAGGUACAACAAGAAUUGAGCAUGUAUUUUGCACAAACAAUACGUUAUGUUGAUAUGGAAAAAGAUGAUAUUUGUGAUUAUUUAAAACAAUUAAAACAAGAAAUUGAUCAAUUAUUAUUAUAUAAUGAUAAAGCGAAAGUAUUAAAAAAACAAGCCGAUUGGAUUGAUCAACAAUUGAAUCAAUUUUCAAAGCAAUAUUUGUCAGAACCAGCAACAUCGAUAAAUAGUAGUGUAUAA